AUGCAGUACGAGGUGUGCUAUGUGGCCAUCUCGACAUACCAUCACGACUAUCUUGGUGUGAAGAUGACCAAGAUAGAUGCGCGGAGGAUGGGCAUUACCUUGGAGAGGGACGAGUUCUUGAAGGUGUUACCAAAUUGGUGUUAUGGAAAAGACGAGUCCUGGGCGGCAUUGGUGGAUCUUUGGUGUGAUGAGGCUGGAGCCUGGGCGGCUAUGAGAGUCAAAAACAAGGCUAACCGAGGGAAGGAGGGAGUACAUGCUCAGGGAAACCGAAACCACUAUCUCCACAAGGCAGUUAAUGAGGAGAAACUGAAGCGGCCGCUCUCACACAUGCAGGCAUGGGAGAUCGCCCAUACACGGAAGGACGCCAAGCCCGGCGAGCCCAAGUACUACGGCAAGAAGACCGCGCAUAGGAAGAAGGCCUACUCCGAUGGGUAUCUGGCGUUACAUCCUGACACACCUGACCCUAUUGCGGCGGAUCUGGACAAAAGGGUGGUGGGCAUGGGGCCGAAGGAGCACGGUCGACAGGCGGUUCUCGAUGCUGUGAUCACUCCUACUAUCUCCUACACACAGCUCCGACCCUGA